AUGAAUUCUAAACGGCGGCAGGAUGAUACUGAUCCGGUAAAAAGUAGUAAAAAGGAAAAACGAGGCGAGCUCGCAUCGAUAAACUCGGACCUGACAGACGAAGUUGUGAAGAGUGGAAUGCGGGACGCAUGGAGACAGAAAAGAAGCUACACUCAUGGCAGCAUUCAGUUAGACUGUGAGCCGUUUUCUCACUGCAAGAUCACCAAUUUUCUUCAGAGUGAGAGUUUUGUUGAGAGUUUGCAGACAGAACUUCUACAGUUGAAGUUCAACCACAAAUCCAACGACUUGUACAAAUUUCAGCAGUCAGAUGACCUGAAAAAGAGAACAGAUCAUCAUAUUACAGAGCUGAGGUCAGUGUUGUUUGGGCAGUUCCGAUCAUGGCUCUCAGAGGUACUGGAGGUGGAACUGGAACCAACGGUCGAUAUAUCAUGUGCCAAGUAUGAGCACACUGAUGUGUUACUGUGUCAUGAUGAUGAGUUGGAAGGGAGGAGAGUAGCGUUCAUUCUUUACUUGGUGCCGCCGUGGGAGGAGAAGGAUGGAGGAGCACUGGACUUGUUUAACACUGAUGAACACUGUCAGCCCAUGUGUAUUGUGAAGUCCCUGCUGCCCUGCUGGAACACCCUUGUAUUUUUCGAGGUGUCUCCGAUCUCUUUCCAUCAGGUGGCAGAAGUGAUUGCUGAGGAUAAGUGUCGUUUGUCAUUGAGCGGUUGGUUUCACGGGCCAUCACUGCCCAGACCACCACGCUAUAUCGAACCUUCACCUCCCCGCCACACACACAUCCCCAAAGAUGAGGAGAUAUUGUACGAGUGGAUCAAUGAAAUGUACAUGCAUCCUGCCUAUCAAGCUCAAGUGCAAGAGGAGUUUGAGGAAAGUUCAGAGAUUCGACUCCCCAAUUUCUUACAGGAGGAAAAGUUUAAGCAAGUGAGUGCUGCUCUCCAGUCAGCUGACAUUCAGUGGAUAAGGAGAGGUCCACCCAAUACGAGGUGUUACAGCCAUGCAGAGAUGCAGAGUCUGCCAGAGAUUGUGAAGGAGUGUUUUGACGUCCUCUCUUCUGAACCAUUCUUCAUUCUGCUGUCUAAUUUCACCGGCCUAUCACUCCAUUAUCUGGUCUCAGAUGGAAAGGAGGAUGAAGGUAGUGAGAGAGAGGAUGGAGGAAGUGACGUAGAAAACAAAGAAAAACAAGAUGCAGUAGAUGAGGAAGAAAACACGAGUGAGGCAACAACAUCCUCCUCAUCAGUUGAAAAAAAGGCAAAAGGGCCUCCAGAGUGUGUGGGAGAGAUCCGUCGCUGGACUCAUGGUGAUUACACACUGCUUCAUGAUUCUGAAAAACGGGAGUUCGCAUUGGACUUGCUGUUGCAUCUCGACUGCUCAGGUUGGGAAGCUGAGUUUGGAGGUUCUACCUCAUACAUUGCUCACGAUGAGGAUGAGGAGCUCCUGACAGUGUACCCUGAGGCGAACUUCCUUGCUCUGGUUUACCGGGAUAAGGAAACACUCAAGUUUAUCAAACAUGUCAAUCACAACUCUGUUCAAAGUCCAGACAGUCCACAUUCAAUUUAUGACUUCUCCUUCACAUACUAUGAAUGAACUGAUCAUUCUCAACUCUAACCCGUAAUGUAAAAAGACACCGCGUGUACUGUAGAAAGUCCUUUUGAGACGAUGAAGGAGUGUGAUUUUUGCAUCAUGCAUGUUUGUCAUCAGUGUAACUGUUUCCCAAGAAAUACAAAAAACCAGAGGAAUCCUCUGUGUGUUUUAUUAAUCUGUUUACUUCACUUAUCCAUGAAGAAAUGUUAUUCUCAGAAAGUGAAUGUGUUGCUUUUCAUCAUAAUAAAUCCAAGAAUUACACACA